UUUUGGUGGAUUUUCGCUUCCGGUUUGGCUGAAAGCAGCAUAGUAGCUAGGGACAGCGUCUAGUCGUGUUGCUCUUGCGGAAGUCGUCUUGAUCACCUGAGAAACGCAGACAUGGCUGGCAGGCUGAUGCAAGCCGCGAGAUGCCCGACAGAUGAACUGUCUCUCACAAACUGUGUGGUUGCAAGUGAGAAGGACUUUAAAUCUGGGCAACAUUUGAGCAUUAAAACCACACCCACUCAGAAGUUUGUGUUCACGGUGAAGACCCACUCAAGCGUGGUGCCAAGAACCAUUGCCUUCAGUCUACCUCAGAGGAAAUGGGCUGGACUCUCUCUAAACCAGGAUGUGGAAGUGAGUGUCUACAACUUUGACCCGUCGAGACAGUACGUGGGAACCAUGACGCUAGAGAUCGACUUCCUCCAGAAGAAGAGUGUUGACAGCAACCCAUACGACUCUGAUAAAAUGGCGAUUGAGUUUAUCCAGUUUUUUACCGCACAGGCCUUUAGCAUAGGCCAGCAGUUUGUCUUCAGCUACUGUGAUAAGCUCUUUGCACUGCUCAUAAAAGAUAUCAACACCAUUAAAACCAACAAAAUCACAAGCAAAAAAAACAAUAUAAAAAAAUAUCAGAUUGAGAUUGGACUGUUGCACGGGAACAGUCAGGUGAUUUUUGAGAAAUCAGAGACCUCGUCUCUCAAUUUGAUUGGAAAAGCAAAGACCAGAGGUUCUCGGCAGUCCAUCAUCAACCCAGACUGGAACUUUGAGCGAAUGGGCAUCGGAGGCCUGGACAAGGAGUUCUCAGACAUCUUCCGUCGGGCCUUCGCCUCGCGAGUCUUUCCUCCAGACAUAGUGGAGCAGAUGGGCUGUAAACACGUGAAGGGGAUCUUGUUGUUUGGGCCGCCCGGCUGUGGUAAAACCCUGAUGGCGCGCCAGAUUGGUAAAAUGCUGAAUGCCAGAGAGCCGAAAGUGGUCAACGGGCCAGAGAUUCUCAACAAAUAUGUGGGCGAGUCAGAGGCCAACAUCAGAAAGCUGUUUGCUGAUGCAGAGGAAGAACAGAAGAGGUUGGGGGCCAACAGUGGACUGCACAUCAUCAUAUUUGAUGAAAUUGAUGCCAUCUGUAAACAACGUGGCAGCAUGGCAGGCAGCACUGGGGUCCACGACACUGUAGUCAACCAGCUACUGUCUAAGAUCGAUGGUGUAGAGCAGCUCAACAACAUCCUGGUCAUUGGAAUGACCAACAGGCCUGACCUGAUUGAUGAAGCCCUCUUGAGGCCGGGUAGAAUGGAGGUCAAAAUGGAGAUCGGCUUGCCUGACGAGACGGGCCGUGUUCAGAUCCUGAAUAUCCACACUGCAAAAAUGAGUCAGUCAAACAUGCUGGCCAAAGAUGUUGACAUUAAGGAGCUUGCUGUUGAGACCAAGAACUACAGCGGAGCAGAGCUGGAAGGGCUUGUGCGAGCAGCCCAGUCCACUGCCAUGAACCGUCACAUCAAGGCCAGUACUCAGGUGGAGGUGGAUACAGAAAAGGCUCACAUGCUGCAAGUCAGCAGGAGUGACUUCUUGGCCGCUCUGAAUAAUGACAUCAAGCCUGCUUUUGGCACUAAUCAGGAGGAUUACUCAAGUUACAUCAUGAACGGAAUUGUGAAAUGGAGCAAUGGUGUGUCUGAUAUACUGGGAGAUGGAGAACUUUUGGUGCAACAGACCAAGAACAGUGAACGCACUCCGCUAGUAACUGUGCUUUUAGAAGGGUCUCCUCACAGUGGUAAGACCGCACUGGCAGCCAAGAUCGCAGAGGACUCCCAGUUCCCCUUCAUCAAGAUCUGCUCUCCAGACAAAAUGAUCGGCUUUACAGAGACCGCCAAAUGUCAGGCCAUCAAGAAGAUAUUCGAGGAUGCCUACAAGUCCCAAUUGAGCUGUGUGGUGGUGGACGAUAUAGAAAGACUUCUGGAUUUUGUUCCCAUCGGGCCACGGUUCUCUAACCUGGUGUUGCAGGCUCUGCUGGUGUUAUUGAAGAAACAUCCUCCUCGGGGUCGUAAGUUGCUGAUUCUUGGCACAACUAGCCGGAAGGAUGUUCUGCAGGAGAUGGGCAUGUUGGACUCUUUCAGCACUACAAUUCACAUCCCUAACAUCUCUAAUGGACAACAUCUCAUGGAGGCCCUGGAGCUCCUCGGAGGCUUCCAGGAAGAAGAGCGAGCAACUAUUGCCAAACAGGUGAAAGGACAAACGGUGUGGCUCGGCAUUAAGAAGCUGCAGAUGCUCAUUGAGAUGUCACUGCAGAUGCCUUUGGAAUACAGAGUUAACAAGUUCUUGGCACUGCUGAGAGAAGAAGGAGCGUUGGGCUCUGACAAACGUGGCCAUGUAGUCUUAUAGUCUAGCCUGACAACCCAAGGCUGUUUUGAAGCUGUUAAAGGAGUCAGGAAAACACUGAGUGCACUUGAGAGACAGAGAGAGAGAGAGCAGACAUACCUACAGCAUAUCUCUCUAUCCCUCACUUUCCUUAAGUAAAGUGUUCGGCAUGUUUCCAUGACAAAUGCAGACACGCUAGCUCCUUGAUUCCUCACUACAAGUGCAAAGGGACUCGUAUUUGCAUAGUGCCUCAGGUGUCUUAUGACAUCAGGAAUUUUGAAAUGGUACAUGCAUGUAUAUAAAGACCUGUUAUGUGUUUUUAUAUAUAAAAUGUAUCAUAUUUAUAUGUAUUUAUUCCUGUCAAUAAUGCCUUACUCCUAAAAUUGUCCUUACUGGGAUGUGUGAAUUUAGCAAUGGUAAAAAUCUCUGACCAAAUCCUCUGCUCGCUUUUCUCUUUGUCAUGGAUGGACUUAUUAUCUAAACAGUUAGUGCCUGCCAAUAACAAUAUUGAAAUGCUCACUCCUGUGCCUUUGCAUGCCAGUAUAUUGUUGCAGUUUGUUUAUUGCUUUAUUGUUUUCUGGCUAGAAAAAUGUAGAAACAUUUUUGAAUUUUUUUAGUUUGUUUGUUUUUAGCCGUAUGGUAUGUCACUCGGGACAUUCCAUGUCAGGAACAUAGAAAGGUCUUGGUCUCAGCCCCUCGCCCCAGUCUAAUGGGUAACAUAGUGGCCUUAAGCAUUGUGUACAGGACAGAAACCCGCAACCUACCUCACCUCUGCAAGUCUGCCAAAAGUGCCUGGAUAGUUCACAUUGGCCUUGAAUUCUCCUCUUCUUUCUCUGUUAUGUCUCUUAUAUGCAUUCUUUCUCUCUCAAAACAUUAUGACCCCUUUAUGUCUUUUACUGUUGAACUGUGAAAGUCAUAGUGAUUGAACCACAUUUAAAUAUAAAAUUUGAGGUUUGUAUACAUUUUGGAUCUUUGCAACUUGGAUUGCAUGUCACACACACUUGUAGUAGCUGCCUUUAUUGUCAAACAUUUGGACUAUAAAUGAUAUUUUAAUGGCAUGAACCGUGAAUUUCCUAUUAAAUAUAAAUAUAAAUAAUGUCUUCAAUGAUUUCCUGAUUAAAAUGCGGUUUUAAGAUGGCAA